AUGAGCCCGGUGAAAUUUGUAGAGGAAGCAGUUGAAUACCUGAGGAAUGUAGUCAUUGGAAAACUACAAGAAGCAUACCAUGUAAAAAAAAAGAUGGAAUGCAUAACUGUAGAAUAUUAUCGUGGCGGAACACCUUAUUUACCUCCAGAAGCUAUUGAGGAAAUUAUUCAAUCUCGGGGAACAAUUAAAAAUGCAUGUAAAGAAAUGGUCGAUAAAUACGGUACUUCGACUCAUCGAAUUUAUGAAAUUUGGAAAAGGCAUGCCCAAGGAUUACCUCAUGGAGGAAAGAUGAAAAAAAUAAGUGGGGGUGAUACAUGCGAAGCAAGGACACUUACGUGUCUAAAUAACAUUCCUAAUACAGAUAUAGUUGCCCAAAUUGAGCGAGAAAUAAAAAGAAGGGAUAAAAACUUAGCUAGUAGUGCUCGUAUAAUGUCUACUACUUAA